ACACGCUCGUGCAUCAGCUUUAGAUGUGUGUAUGCUCCACGACAAAACACACAAUAACAAUAUAUGAUUAUUUUAGAUUACCGAGAUUUAAAUAAAACAACUGUAUUAAAAACAAAACAUCAACACAGUAAUCGAUAACUUCAAAACAGUAGAACGUCUUAGCAUCGCGACCGAGGUUCGUGUGGUAUAGUCGUUAGGUGUUAAAAUGAAGGAAAAAAAUGACUGUUGCGGUACAUUGUUUGGAUGUUUCCCUGAUUUCAAGCUGAGCAAAUCGAAACAGAAACAGACACCAGGUCAACAGGAGAGUCCUGGUACUGUGCAGACGUUUUACCGUCAAAACCGCGGAAAAUCUUGCAGGAAAAUCAUGCGUUUCAAUGAAUAUCCCAACAAAGUUCUUCUUUAUCCAGAAGAAGGUUGGGCAAGAAGUGCGGUUUCAAGUUAUUGGACAUUGACUCCGACCUGGUGGAACCGUGGCAAGUGUAAAGUUGUAGAAGUUACUGGAACCAGAAAGUACACAACUCUUGCCAAAAUGGUGGACAUCGAUUCCUGUAACCUCUGCAUUAUUGGCUCGUUUAAAAAACGUAUGGAUCCUGAUUUUAAAUUAUGCCUCACGUCCAAUGUGAGCACAGCUGACUUUAACAUGGGUUAUAGUCUGACCGGGUCACUUGAAUGUGGCUCCACGAAGAACAACAGCUUUCAGACCACGCAUUUUGCAGUUAUUCGAAGAAGGGAUUUCGACAUGAGUAGACCGUAAUAAUAAAAUAACAAUACGGAUUCACCUGAGGCACACGAGUUGAUGCUAAUGUACAUAAUACAUACAGUCAUAUUAUUAUUAUUAUAUACAUUAAACAUGUAUAAAUGUUUGUGAAAAUGUGAUCGUUACGUUAGUCAUACAAACCAGUCAAACGAAUUCGCUGUGUCUGCAUAAAAACAAACGAUUAUAUUUUUGUAGUGAACCAUGUCAUUUUUAUGUAAAUUUAGAUGCUAUAACGUUUGUCCAACACAACGGGAUUCACUGCCAAUUUCUUUUGGAUAAAUUUAACUUAUUUUGUGUAAUGCAUUACUGUAAAUAGAUAGUUGUAUAAUACGCGUUAGAUAAAUCGUAUUAUUUAGGUUGGUAUAAGAAAACUGCCAUGCAUUCGAAUGCGUUUACAUGUUUACGUUUCCUUUUGUUUUACACAACAUUAUUAUGUUUAGUAUAUUUUCAUUCAUUAACUUGUUGCACUUUUUAACAUAAUUUAAUCAAUCAAAAUUAUUAUAAUUGAGAAGUUCUAUAAUUUAAGUUUGCACGUAGUGGGUUUGGAGGCAAAAAUAUUGCUAACAUAUUACUUAGCUCCAAUUAAACACAUUUCUACAAGUUAAAUAUAAUUUUUUUUUUUUUUGAUGUGGACAAUAAACGGUUUUAGAACAUCAUUAAUAAUAAUAGAUACACAAAUUUAAGUUCAGUUAUUAAAAACAAAUUAGUGAAACUAAUAAAAAGUAGAGUAGUGUAAAAAUGUUGGAAGUAAAAAUGACUAAUGAGCAUUAGUACCUAGUUGUCACGAUGUGCUAUGCUCUUUUAAUAGGAUUUGAACUUCUAUCCUACUUACUGGAUGUACAAGUAAUGAAACUUAAUUUAAUUAAUUCUUUUAUUUUAUUUUCAUCAUUACCUAUAUUUUUGUAUAAAACUUCUUAAAAAAUGAACUGAACUGUUAUAAUCUCAUUAGUCAUUAUAUAUUAUUUUGGGCCUGCUUCUUUUGUAUUAUUAUCUGCAUACAAAAAAAAAGACGUUCUUAUAUCCCUCUGGCAGAGUUUGACAUAUUACGGUAGUAUUCAAAUUCAGUAUUCAAUAAACUUCCGAGAAAACUAAAAAAAGUCUGUGACUGUCGCAAGUUUUGUUUCAGUUCUCAGGUUUGUAUAUUAAGUUUUUAGAUUUCCAAUGCAUUAUGGUGUAAAUUUGUCUCGUUUUAUGUACUUUUUUUUAUGUUGUAAAACUAACGUACUAACAUCGUACGUGAGAUGGUUUCUAUCACCGAAACGUGAUUUUAUAUCAUGUAUUUAUACUUCAUAUGACUUAUUGACUUCGGGUUUAUUCAAAAUAACCAUUUCCUCCUUUUUUUUAGUAUUAUAUAUUAUAAUUUUUUCAUAUAAAUGGAUAUUAUACCAACUUACAUUUAGUUAAAACCCAUUUAAUUGUUAAUAUUAUUAUAAGUAUUAUAAUUUUUUAUAAUUAUAACACUAAUGCCUAAAUUUUCAAAACUUUUUUUUUGUUGCUUAAAAUCUAGUUAAAAAAAUGGAUGACAAACCAUGACAUUAUCAGACAACCCGUCCAACAAUAUUAUUAUUGAUGUCAUUAUUGUUGAAUUUCAGUUUUUCGACUGAAGUACACUCAAUCAUUAAAUAUAAGUGGUUUUAUAACCGAAAUCCCUAUAAUAUAAUAUGUUCAUUUGAAUUGUUU